AUGCGCAACAGAAAAUCCGUCCUUUGCGCCGUGGGCGUGCUUACCAUGCUUUUAUACAUUUUGUAUCAUACGUGGACUUCCUCACCGCGCGGCGGCGUCUUGCCGCCCAUGCCAGGGACGUACCAAUACUUUCACGAGAUCAACUUCGAGUACCACACGCACAGUUUCGGCGCCAUCAGUCAUUGCGAUCCGAGAUUCGCCCCGUCAGAGCCGCCGGGCGUAGACGAGACGAAAAACUCGCUUUUCGCCUUGAUGGAGACCUAUGCGCGCACAAUGACGCAUCUUCGCGCCGAGACUUGGAUCGCCCACGGGACCCUACUUGGGUGGCACUGGAACCAGAAGUUCUUGCCCUGGGACAAUGACAUUGACGUGCAGAUGUCGUUAGAGACACUGGCGGCGUUGGAUCCUUACAAUAUGACCGAAUACCGGUAUCCGGUUGCUGGGGAAGACUCUCCAAGGACCUAUCUUCUGGACAUCAACCCACACUACGCCAUCGCGUCGACGCGGGAUGUUGCAAACAAAAUCGACGGACGUUGGAUCGACACCACGAAUGGGAAAUACAUCGACAUCACUGCCGUGCACGUCAGUCCUGGCAAAACGGAACACACACCCUUCGAUCAGGGCGUGGUCUUUUCCAAAGACGGCCAUCGAUAUCGGAGGGAGGAUCUGUUCCCAUUACAAGAUGCGACUUUUGAAGGCAUCGCCGUCAAAGUGCCGCACGACUCGGUCCAGAUUCUCGCCCAAGAGUACGGCAAGAAGUCCCUCACCAAAACCCGGUUUCACUGGCACCGAUUCAACAAGGUGACGAAACUGUGGGAAUUCGAGUAG